AUGUCCAGCUCUGUGAGAUCGUCACUCGCUCAAAGCCGCGGCAAAAUCCGUCUGGUGGAGGCCCAUGACCAUACAUCCAGUGACCUCGUGAGGAAGACCGUCAGCAAUGAUGGCGAAAUGUUCCAAGGGAUCUGGAUCAGCGGCCUCACACAGACCACGUAUCUGGGCAUCCCCGACACCGAAAUGAUAACGCCGCUGCAACGGGCCUCAUUGAUUACAUUCGCCGGCGUGGGCCAUCAUGAAGGAUCCCGCAAACUCUGUUGGGCAUUUGACGCCGACAGCGGUGGCCCGAAGACCGAGGUCCCAGCUCUGGUUGCGAAGCUGUUGAGCUUGGGUAUAUCUAUGGCGGUAAUCGAGGACAAAGAAGUCUCACAGCCUGGUGCAAAAGUCAACUCGCUUGCUGCUUCGUCCGCCUCGCAAGGCCAAGCAAACAUGUACGACUUCUCAAAGGUUAUCACAACGUUCAAAGAGGCGGCGAUCGCGGAAUUCAUGGUGACGGCCAGGAUUGAGAGCUUCACCACGCGCACAGCCAAGAAUGAUGCGGGCGAGGAGAUGGUGUCCGUUCGUGCCGCCCUUGAAGACGCCCUCACACGCGCCCAAGUUUACUGCGCCGCCGGCGCGGACGCAAUCAUGAUUCACAGCAAGAGCAAGCAGCCUGAUGAGAUUCUGGACUUUAUCAGGCGUUUCCGUGUCAGAAACCGCCACACACCCGUGGUUGUAGUGACGACGACGUAUUCGACGACGCCUGAGGAUGUCUUGUACAGCGUCGGCGCCAAUGUCAUCAUUUAUGCCAACCACCUGAUGAGGGCCAAGAUCAAGGCUGCAAACUUGGUCUCCAACCGUAUUCUCGCGACUAACCCGGGGCUGUUUACCCCCGAACCCUUCCUGGAAAGAUGCGCAUCCGUUCACAAUUUCGGCUGCCUUCUGGCCAGGAUCUUGGAAAUGGAGCAUAGAGAUGAGAAGAUUGCACAGUACGGCAAAGAGGUACAACGCGCGACGGCUGAAUGCAUGCAAAUUGUUCUGACGAGACUUCUGGAUUCUAAAAGAUCUGGAGGAGCCGACGAACACAUCACCUCUGUCGCGGAUCUACUCCGCAUCAACGGCUCGCAAGUCACCUUCCGUUUGGGAUCGGCCUCAUGGCCCGGACCUGGCGUCGAGAGUUUGUCGGCAUCAGGGCAGCGCGGGGAGGACAGUGAAAAACACAGCUGGUAUAGCAAUGGAUGGCUAGCGGCGGUUCAGGACGCAUUCACAGGUCGAAUCAUGAUGUGCUUCACCCGAACGAAGGCGGGGCGCUCGAUGAGGCAACAGGGAAGCAAGGACGUGUGA